AUGUUCCUCCUGAACAAUACUUUCAUUCAGGGGCUGCACUGUCUAGUUGGCGCUCAGUACCUGAAUAUUAUGUCAGAUCAUGCUUGCUGUACUAUAAUUUUUGCCGCCAUUACUGCGUUUACGUCGUUCUUAUGGUCACUCCCGAGGACGUUCGAAUCGCUCGCAAAGCUGGGCGGUCUCUCUGCAUUUUUCACGUUUAUCUCGGUGUUAUUAUUGACCAUAAUCGCAGUAAAGCAACCUCACCCGGCAAAAUACAACCCUGACCCUAACCAUAUCAGCCCUGAAGGUAAAAAAGUAGGAGGGGAUCCCAUAAUCCUAGCAUUCCCAGCCAAAGGAACAUCAUUCGUUGCGAGAAUGGGAGCUUUCUUGAAUAUCAGCUAUACGUUUAUCGGCCAAAUCACGCUACCCAGUUUUAUUGCUGAGAUGAAACAUCCAAAAGACUUUUACAAGUCGCUAUGGGCUGUCUCCAUUGCUGAAGUCAUUGUUUUCAGUAUUGUGGGCGCCGUGGUCUACUCAUACACAGGAAAUCAGUAUGUCACAUCGCCAGCAUUUGCAUCUAUCAGUAGUGAUGCUGCAAAGAAAAUUAUGUUCUCCUUUAUGGUACCGACUUUAAUCUUCCUGGGAGUUCUAUAUGCGUCUGUUUCAGCAAAAUUCAUUUUCUUUCGUAUUUUUGAAGGCACAAGUCAUAAAGGCACUCACACCUUUGUCGGAUGGUUUUCAUGGAGUGGUAUUAUAGCAGCUACUUGGGUAUUUGCCUUCAUAAUCGCGGAGCUUAUUCCGUUUUUUUCCGAUCUUCUCUCCAUUAUGAGCUCCUUAUUCGACUCCUUUUUCGGUUUUAUUUUUUGGGGUGUUGCAUAUAUGCAAAUACAAGCGGCAGACGAAGCGAAAAGACCAAAGACAGCCCGAAGUGUUAGAGGAUGGAUUGCUUACAUAUUUAGUUGGAUUCUGAUUGGAAUAGGGCUAUUCUUCCUGGGGCCUGGUACUUAUGCAUCUAUCCAGAGUGUUCUCCUUAACUAUAAACAAGGGAGGACUGGAGGCCCAUUCAGUUGUGCGGAUAAUAGUGUGUGA